AGAAGAAAUUCAAUUCAAUUCGCAGCGGCGAGAAAAAAUGGCGGCGACACCGCGCAUGGAGCUGGAGAAGAUGAGCGUGGAGCACCUGAGGGGUUUGAAGGAGCAGGUCGACAUGGAGGUCAAUCUACUCCAGGACAGCCUCAACAACCUCCGCUCCGCCAAUUCCCGCCUCGAGAUCGCCUCCGCCGCCCUCCACGAUCUCUCCGUCCGCCCCAAAGGGAAGAAGAUGCUGGUGCCGUUGACGGCGUCGCUAUACGUGCCGGGGAAGCUGGAUGACGCGGAGAAGGUUUUGGUGGACGUAGGCACCGGUUACUUCAUUGAGAAAACUAUGGUAGAAGGCAAAGAUUAUUGCGAGCGCAAAAUUGCUCUGCUGAAGUCGAAUUAUGACCAACUUCUCGAGGUGACCGCCAAAAAGAGAAGUAUAGCAGACGAAGCAGGAGCUAUUUUACAAGCAAAGUUGAAGCAGUUGGCCCCCUCACAGUAAUUGUGUUUUAGUUUUUAACAUUUUAGUACUUGCUAUAUUUGCAUUUGUGUUGACAAGAAGAGGAUUUGAAAGGGUUUUAUAAACUCGUUUGUUGUGCUCUUGAUAUGUAUAAUUUCGUCCUCAUCUAUCUCAGCUGCAGCCGUUGGAUCGGUUUCAGUUUCAGCCCGAGAACUUCUCUAGUUCCUCUUUUGGGUGUGUAACACCCCUACUUGAUUUUGCUCCCAAAGACAUGAUCUUGUAUUGAAUUCUCUUUAAAACGUGGCCUACAAAUUAUUUGAAAGUUUUCUUA